CCAGUCUGCCUCGACAAUUAGCCACAUCUGACUCAGCGUUCUCUCAAGCAUGAUAUAUGUUGUAUAAUGGCUGAACAGAAGACGGAACUCACGAAUCAGGAGCUCGGACAGCGAUACUAUGGACGAUUAGAUGCUGCUGUUCAGGACCUCGCUACAAAGCUUCAGAAGAUAAAGGAAGGUGGCGCUACUUCAGAGACUGUCGAGGAGGCAACUGUUGAUCUCUCGAGGCUGAGGAAGGACUUCACCGAUGCGGUUCCGCAUCUUCCCAGUUAUGAUCAGCGUAAUAUCGAUCAAAAAAUCAAAGCGAUUGAGUCGGAUAUAGAACGUGUACGCGGUGCAGCGGUACCUAAAACGAAGUUCGCGUUCAAGCGGAAAGCAGCCAAUAGUACGGCCUCCGCAGCGGUACCGCGACCACUUACACCUACAAUACCAAUACAACCCGGUAGCGCAUCUGCAGAUACACCGGCGACAUCGGGGUUGUCGAUUUCAGGCCAUUCGCACAGAUACCUGACACUGUCAUCGGUCUCUUCUCCGUGGUCUUCAGCAUCUGAUCUGACGAUAUCCGACCUGGACCACUGCAUCGUCAACUUGAUACCCUCUGAGGCAAAUCCAAACUAUCCAUCCGGACUGGCGUUCACCGCGCUGCAUGUUAAGAACCUGUCAAACACGGUACUGGUGCUGCCGAUAAUCACUGGCAGUGCGCUCCUGCACGACAUGAAAAUUUGUGUAAUUGCUCUAGGAAGCCGACAGUUCCGCAUUCACGCUUCCUCUCAGGUCGACGUCUACAUCACGGCAUCCUCGAGCCCUAUCAUCGAGCACUGCUCUGCUAUGCACUUCGCUGCAUACCCAGCAUCCCUGAAGCACUUCACGUUAACGCAAAGUUCGGUCCUAACAGAUCCCACCCGCCAAGAUGUCCAGAGCAAUGAGAACCAUCUAGCUGUACAGGACUUCUCCCACAUCCGCGCUACUCCGUCACCCAACUGGUCUACACUCCCUCAGGAAGCCGCUAUCCAGGAUGGACAGUGGCCUCUGUCUCCGGUAGAGAACGUGGACGCGGUGUUGCAAAGAUUGCUUCCAUCGCGGUAGUACAGCCCUGUGUCCAACGACGUGGCCCUAUGUGCCGGCAUCGGAUUCACGCGCAGAACACUCCUAUCCCUAAUGGGAGACGACAUGCCACGACGUAACUACGAUGGCACCAUGAGCAAUUCUGAAACAAGGAGCGAUCGAUACGUACAAAUUCAAUUAAUCACCUAUACACCUC